AUGCCCUGCGAAUUGAUCGAACUGUACUACAAAGCAAAACAAUCUCUCGCCACUGGAUGUGAACCAGAGAUUGUGUCUUCUCUUAUUUCUCAACUAAAGAGAGAAAAUCUCAUCGAAACUGCAUGGCUUGCGGGUGCCGGAGGUGGCGGUUUCUUGUACGUUUGGUUGAAGAAUGGAGUGGAAAUCAACCAACUGCGAGCUUCUGUUUCUCGGUAUAAGACGGCUGAAAUGUCGGUUCAUACAGUAACUGUUGAUAAUGCUCCUAUCGCUGUGUCUUUUAAUUAG